AGCAGCAGCGGCGGCGCGGGUUGCCUACCUGUACGAGCGGAAGGGCGCCUGCGCCACUAAGCGGCCAUUUUUAAAGUUCCGCGAACCCUUUAUGUCAAGUGAUGUCACUAGUGUACGUUCGGCGACGGUAAAUUGCAGCAGGGGUUAAUCAAUAUAAUCAGCGCCCGUGUAUCGCCCAGCCGCGCGGAUUGUUUUCGUCGUGCAGCAGACAGCCGGAUAAUUUUAUUUGCGAUCGGCGCCGACGAGCGGGCGCUUGGCAGGCUCGGCUCCUCCGCGGACAUGUCGCCGCUCGACGGUUAAACGCGCUCCUCCGCGGACGCCUCCACGCCGAAUUGUUGUGCGGGCACCAUGAGCAGCUACGGCAGGUCGGGCCUGCUGGAGACGUACGUGCGGAGCCAGUGGUACCGGGUGUUCGUGUCGCUGGAGGAGGACCACCUGAGCAUCAGCCUCGACGAGACGUGCGAGAACGGCAACCUGAAUGGCGGGCUGGACAACGGCGUGCUCGAGGGCUACUCGGACGUGCCCGAGUCGAUCGCAAACCAGAAGCGGAUCGUGUGCGUCGUCAAGUCGGACAACAACGGCCUCGGCAUCUCGAUCAAGGGCGGCCGCGAAAACAAGAUGCCCAUCCUCAUCUCCAAGAUCUUCAAGGGCAUGGCGGCCGACCUGACCGAGAAGCUGUACGUCGGCGACGCCAUCCUCUCUGUCAACGGCGAGGACCUCAGAGAGGCCACACACGACGAGGCGGUCAAAGCCCUCAAAAGGGCCGGAAAGAUCGUUGAACUUGAAGUCGUGCCGUCCUUCUAUGUUACAGUCAAAUAUCUCAGAGAAGUGACGCCUUAUUUUAGAAAAGCCUCAAUAAUUAGCGAGGUCGGCUGGGAGCUGCAGAAAGCGUUUCUCUCGCAGAGGCCUCCGAGUCCGCGCCAGACGGCUCCGAGAGCCGACACGCGUUAUAUACCACUGCAGCUCUGCUAUCUCACCCGCAAUUUCAGACACCAAGACCCAGAAAACCGAUGCUUUGAACUGCACUCUCCUGACGGUAUCCAUAAUUGUGUUCUUCGAGCGCCUGACCCUUCGGAAGCUGCCGCUUGGUUCAACACACUCCACUCCGCGCUCUCUAACCUCACCGCCAUGGCCAUGAACCAGGCCAACCAAGUCAUAGCCCCGCUCAGAAUUAGUGAUCCCGCUUUACCCGGAGAACUGAUGCAGAUUGGCUGGCUCGCCAGGAAAAGCGAGCACGGAGAAGAGACAGCAGAGCGGUGGCAGUCGGUGUUUGCAGCUGUGACUGAAACGCAGCUUCGGCUGUACGGCGCGGCGCCGUGGAGCCUCGAGUCGUGGGCGACGCCUUUCGACUGCUGCUCUCUCUUAGCAACCAGACUGGUCGGAUCCCAAAGCAGACGAGGCAGCUCUGUUCUGCCCAUGGCCGCAGAGUUGAUCACGUUCAGCAUCAGAUGCGGAACCUUGGAGGGCAUAAUCUCGCACUACUUGAGGACAGAAACUCACAGGGACCUAGCGAAUUGGGCCAGAGCCCUGGUGCAGGGCGCCCACGACGCCGUGCAGAGGCAGAAGGAAAUUCUUUUCUCUUGCGUUUGGCAAAACCAGCCGUGUCAAUUAUUACUACACUACGAAGCUGGAUUCACGCUGCUCGACGCCUCAGAUCCACCUCAACAAAUUUGGUCUUACCCCUUUGAAAGACUUCGUUCAUCAUCAGAUGAUGGAACAAGAUUGCUUUUGCUCGAUUUUGGUGCCGAGGAUGAACAGGAAUUGGACAUGGAGGGAUGUCCAAAACCUUUAGUCUUCACUCUUCACAACUUCUUGUCAGCCAAGAUUCAUCGUCUGGGGCUUUAUGCGUAAUUGAUAAAUCAAAUUGAUUAUUGAUAAGAGACUAAUAAUUUAAAACAAAAUUUAUACUGUUACUAUAUGAAUUACAAGAUUUUAAUACUUCUGUACAUAAAUAAUAAUUAUAUAAAUUGUAUAAUAAUUUGUUAUCUCACUCAAGUCAUUAUCAUCUUAACACUGUCUGAGAUUCUCAUCGACAACCCCCAUUGAUUUUAGACCAAAUAGUAGCUCCGAAAGUUUGGAUUCCCAAAGAACUCGUUAGCGCUUCCUUUCUCCUUUCUAGGAUCCUUCUUGAACAUGUAGCACCAAUUUUGCGUGUGUCGGGUCGGGCGAGUACCAUAUUUUGUAGCGACUUUUCAAAAAUACAUUGUAUGAAAAUUACAUGCUGUGAGAGCACAAACCGUUUUGUCACUUUGCUUUUUGCCGCCCGCGAAACCCUCUGACCUUUUAUUGCUCUCGUUAAUGUAAGGUUGGCUUAAAAAUACUGUUUGGAUCACACAUACAAACAAACUCACACUUUUCGUGCAUGCACCAGACGUAGGCGAAUGUUAGUAGUAACGAUAAUUUGAAAUUUCCUUCCUCCAGGCCGCGUAAAUUACCUGAUUUGCGUGUGUUGAUGCACCCUCGGCAGUUCAGUGAAAUGUACGAAAUCAAAAUGACAUUGCAAGUGUACGCCAGUCUCGAGCGUCGAAAGGAAAUUAAUUAGAUGUUUCUCAUCCCCUUACACGUAUCUCCAAACACUGUAACUUCAACUAACUCUUGUUACAAACAUAAAAAUAACUGCUGCUUAUGUGCCAAAACUACAAUUUUUCUACAAUCAUGAUACAACUCACACACACAAAUUUAUUGUGAACUGCUAUUCUCUCAAAUACUGAUAAGGCAUAUUGGCAAGAAUAAGUGCGGAUUGGUCGCUGACCCAAAUCAAGAAGCAGUAAUUGUGUGGCUUACUGGUUACGACAUUUAAUGGACCGAUUGACUAGUUUUCGGGUAUUUUGUACUGCAUCAAACACACACAAGUGAUGUGCAAAUUUGCUAUUGCUGCGCUGAAUUAUAUGUUGCUACAAAUAACAUGUAAAUGAAGCUGUAACUUCACUGAAAGCUACACCACAAUAAAUAAAGAAAUUGUUUGUUAUAAUA